UUGCUUGUUGGGGCCGCGCUUCGACCCGCGGCUGCGCAUAGGCAGCCGGGCGCGCGCAAUCUCCCUCGCGGCCACGAGGGGGUGGCGGCGAGGCGGCUUUGGCAGCCUGCGCUUUUUGUGUGCCCCCCGCCCCCGCCGCUUUCCCCAUUUAAUUUGCAAGGCUGGGAGAAGCAGGAGGGCAUCAUCAUCAUCAUCAUUCCUCCAUCGGCUGCUGCUCCUCCACACUUGCGGGUCCCCAGCGGCGCGCUGCUCCUUUGUGGUCUCGGUUUCCCUCCGCCGCCGGGUUGCAAGGAAGGGAGCGGAGCGGCUGGCCGCAGCCGGGAAGGGGCUGAGCAUCGCUGGUGGCUGGUUCUGAGAGGUUGCUGCUGCUGCUGCUGCUGCUGUGCGGGAGGGAUGCAAACGCCGCCGCCGCCGCCGCCGCGGGAAGGACGCGCCGCAGCCCGGCCCGAGCCGCGCGUCCCGGCUGGCUGCUGAGGCCAGGGAGGAGUCCAGCUUGGGCUAGCGGGAGAGCUGCCAGCCCGUGCAGGCAGCAGGAGCAAGGUGUCUGAGACGAUGCCGCCUCCUCCCUGUUCCCCGCCCCCUUUGCACCUGCGGCUUGGGAAGAUCCUGCUCUUCCUCCAAGGGGCCCAGACCGGUGUCCAUGAUUAUUCUCACAACAACCCUGUGAGGUAGGCUGGAGAGAGAGAGAGAGGCCUGAAUUUUGUGUUUUAGACGAUUGAUGGUCCCAUCCCCAUAGGCAACUUCUCCUUUUGAUGUGACUGUCAUUGAGUGGCAAGCAUGCAUCGUGAACAGGGACAAGCCCCCGAUGAGUCGUUCUGGGCGCGCCCCUGCACCGCUCUGGCAGUCUGGCCUUGUUCCCUUUAAGGGCCCAGACACAUGACCGGUUGCUGCUGCUGUUGUUGUUGUGGCUGUCAAGGGAGGAGCCUUCCAGCACCCGGCAAACCGGCACACUUUCCGUUUGCUUCUCUGCACUGCCUGGAUUUCAGUCGCACGUGGCAGGAGCCAGCCGGCAGCAGCUACAGACUCUGCUCAGCCAAUCCCAGGCAGACGGCAGGCCAGGAGCAGGAGCAGGAGCGCCCCACGGGGGGCACACGACCCCGGAGGCCCCUUGGGUCACGGCAUCCUUUCCUCCGCCGAUCAACAUGGCAUCUCCCGUGCCCAAAGCGAUUGCUAGACCACUUCCGGACGCGGCUAAUCCAGAUCUCGGGAACCAAGACUCCGGAGUGCGUCCCAGCUAAAGGAGGUUCCGCUCAGUUUCCACGCUCUGAUUUCACCUUCUCCAGUUCCAGAUUUUGGCCGGCCUGCCAGCCAGCCAGCCGGGGGAUCCUCACCAGGCGGAGGCUGGAAACCCGAUCCUGGUGAGUCACUGGGAGUGACGCCUGGACGCCACUGACUCUUCUGUGGGCACUGAGGUCUGCCAGGAGAGAGUGAGUAAGGGGAAGAGAGCCUCUUGCAGCACUCAAGGGUCGGACUGCUGCUCUGAAGCCCCCCACCUCUCGUCUUUGGGCUCUGCUGGGAAGGGGCUCUGCCCCAUGUGUGCCAGGCUGCCGUUCCCAAUGUGCCUCCUCUCUCGGAGGAGAAAUGAAGCCGCGAUGAACUCUGUCGAAGGAGCCUGGCCGCCCUCUCCCUGGAAGCAGCCUCCCGGGCCACCGGGGGCACCAAAGCUGCCCGCCCCACCAUUCCAAACGCUGCCCCUGGUGCUCACCGUCUUGGUCUGGCUGGCCACCGGCACCACCAUGUCCAGCCUGAACAAGUGGAUCUUUGCCGUCCACAACUUCCGCUACCCGGUGCUGCUGUCGUCCCUCCACAUGCUGACGGCCGUGGUGGUGGGCAAGCCCUUGGCCCAGCUGCGAGCCGGGGGCGGGGCUGGCGGCGCCCCCCUCGGCCCGGGAGCCCAAUUGCGGGUCUUCUUGCUGAGCCUGACGUUUUGCACCAGUGUGGCUUUUGGGAAUAUGGGGCUCAACUACGUCCAGCUGGACUUUGCGCAGAUGGUGUACACCACCACGCCCCUCUUCACCCUGACCCUCUCCAAGGUGCUGCUGGGGAAACGCCACCACCCCCUGCAGUACGCCGCGAUGGGGCCCAUUUGCUUGGGGGCCUCCUUGAGCAUCGUCGGGGAGGUACAUUUCAACCAAGCCGGCUGCUGCUUCCUCUUUGCCGCCACCUUCCUCCGCGGGCUGAAGUCCAUCCAGCAAAGUACCCUGCUGCAGGAGGAGCGGCUGGACUCUCUGACCCUGCUGUGCCUGACGUCCCUGCCCAGUUUCUGCAUCCUCUUCACGGCGGCUUUGGCGCUGGAGGUCGGCCCCGCCUGGGACGGCUCGCUGGCCUUUGGGGGCGGCCUCUGGCUCUGCAUCUUGCUGAGCUGCCUGGGCUCGGUGCUGUACAACCUGGCCAGCUUCUGCGUCAUCUCGCUGACCUCGGCCCUCACCCUCCACGUCCUGGGCAACUUCAACGUGGUGGGCAGUUUGCUGCUCUCGCAUUUCCUCUUUGGGAGCCAGCUGUCCUGGCUCGGGUACAUCGGCAUCGGACUCACCCUUUCGGGGGUCUUCCUGUACCAUCAGUGUGACCGCAUUGCGUCCUACUGGCGUGCGCGGGUUGGCCGCGCCAAAAGCGACUAAGCAAGGGGCGGCUGGGACCAGUGCAGUGGCCAGUGUGUGUGUGUCUCCUCUACCGGCUGGGAUGUUACAGGGCCUUCUCGUCUGCCAGAAUUGGGGGGCGGAGGGCAUCGGCACUGGCUGCAAGGACUGGAAAGGCUUGGCCUCUCCAAAUAAACUCCAAACUUGCCCGCAGACUCUCGGGGGGUGGGCAAAUUGCUCACCAGAACCCCCUCUGUCCACUGCGGAGGGGCAUGUGUGUAUUUGAUGCCUCCCCAACAUUUAAGGCAAAACCCACCCAACCUCCAGGCCAGGGCUCCAAGCUAGCCUUGUCGCUGCUGUGUUGCUUUUCUACGUGAAGGGAGGGUGGGUGUUUCUCCACCAUACAGGGGAGCAUUCAAAUAGGCAUCCCCUGGACGGAGGGUAGUGGGUGGGCAGGGGUUUCGCACAAGGGUUCGCAAUGUUGUGUUCCCUCCCCAUUUGUUGCUGGACUAUAAUUCCCAUUUUCCCCUGCUGACGGGCAUUGUGUGGGUGUGUGUUGGUGGGGGGGUAUUGAUGGGAGCUGUAGCCCAACAGAGAUUCCCAGAUAUUGUUGACUACGACGCCCAUCAUCCCCAGCUGCAGUGACCUUUGGCAAGGCAUCAUGGGAGUUGUAGUCAGCAACAUCUGGGAAUCUCUGUAAAAAGGAACACUGCUGGUGACCCAGGACUGGAAACUCCUACUGUUUCUAGGUUAACAGUGAAAGAUUUGGAAAGCACGUUUGGGUGAUGGAAAAGUCAGUGGAGACGGUGUGGCCAAAAUGCUCUUGCUUGGGCCAACCCUUCACUGCCCGGUGCAGGGAGAGUUUCCUUUUACGGCUGCUUUAAAUGGUUGUUGCACUGAAGUUCACUGUUUGUCUUGGGCGCCAUGGUCACGGGUGGGGCCGGGUGCCUCUUAAAUGCAGGGCAUUGGGUGUCCUGACUUGCACCCCUGUGGCCUGCAAGCUGCGUUGCUCUGUCGGUCCCCUGCUCGCCCACACGGCGUCCUGAAGGAAUCGUGGCGCUGAUGCGUCCCGAGGGGUGUUCGUUUUGCUCCUUUUAGACUGGGGUCAGCUCAGCUCCCUACCCGUCCCAGUUGGUACCAAAGGAGUUCUCCAACUUGCGUCCUCAAAUGGGGUUGGACUACAGCUCCCCUCCUCCUCGGCCCUUGAGCGACGACCUCUGGAGACUCAAGCUGGAGAACCCCUGUACGAAAGCACUGAACCAGCUGUGUGGGGAAACCUUCUAUAGGGAGCGUGCCGGUGCGGAUGAAGGUUCUCUGUUUUCAUGCACUGUUGCCAUUGGGUGGGUGGAAUCUGGGUGCGUGUCUGUGUGUCACUACUGUCCUCUGCUGGAUGGAGUAAAUUAGGUGUGUGUGUCCAUGUGAACACAAUCCGUGCUAUCCUUUGAUGGACGGUGCAUUUCCACCCAUUGCCGUGAGUGUUGUUUCACGGCGCCCUCUGCUGGACAGAGCCUAGCAACCCCACGGACUGUGUGUGUUUCCAUUGAUGUCCUUGUUUGCGUCUGAUGGGUGCAGCAAAGUAGACCAUGGGCUUGUGUGAAUGCACUGCAGGUGCAUUUUUCCUCGCAGGGGUGCUUGCUGGCAUCCUCUUUCGAACGACAUCCUUUAAGCCAGGCCUGCUCAACUUCGGCCCUCCUGCAGAUGUUGACCUACAACUCCCAUAACCCCUUGCUAUUGGCUACUGUGGCUGGGGAUUAUGGGAGUUGUAGUCCAAAAACAGCUGGGGGGCCUAAGUUGAGCAGGCCUGCUUUAAGCCCACUGAAGUGGAUGGGCGCAAUCAGUAUUAUCCUCUCCAGAGUGAAAUAAUAUGACUGUUAGUGAGUGAGUGUGUUGGCGAUGUAACUCGGGUUCCCUAUAUCGGGGGGUUCCCAGACAUUGUUGACGACAGCUCCCAUAAUCCUCUUGGCUGUUGCCACUGGGGAUUAUGGGAGUUGUCGUCAACAACAUCUGGGAACCCCCAUUUUGAAGGAGUAAAGGCUAUUCUACGGAUACAUAGAUCAUGUGGCACAGAAUUCCUUAGACUGUACCAUUUGAGGCUUAAACAGAGAGGCUGCAUGGUUGGAUUCCCCCCCCCCGUUAAAAAAAAAAAAAGCCCCCUGCCCAUGGAAAGUUAGUGUGUCAGGGAGAGGACUGACGUUCGCCUUCACCCUGAUGUGCUAACUUUCUCCCUGCAGCCCCCUCACCUCCGGCCUUUCGAAAUGCAGCUCUGUACUGUGCCACUUUUCUGCAAGUGUAGAAUCGCGCUCAGUCUUAGGUAUGGGAGUAUUUCCUCCGUUUCCCGGUAGAGCUCCACCAGGCCAUUCCAAACACGGCAUCCCCUACACGGGGAGGUAAGCACAUAUAGCCAUGGUGUGUUUGCAUUGCUUGGGGAGCCAGAUGUGGUGGAGACGCACAUUUCUCGGCUUCAGCGCCAGUGAAACGUGAUGGAAAGCCAAAUCCAUGCAUGUCCUGCCAGAACCAGUCCGAUCUGGGACUCUUUGCCGAACUUGAAUUGGACCAAUUGCCAGUAUAAGGCCAGCCACAGGGACUUAGUCCACAUGGCCAUCUUUUUUCUUUUUUUUUUUUUGCCAGUAUGCAAACUCACUUUCUUUUAUAAUAAUAUGCUGGGGUGGGCAGAGCUUGAAUUCCAUCCAGCCCUACAGAGUUUGUGCCCAAAGUGAAAAUCCAAAUCUCCCCGUUGGUAUGCACGGAUUUCCCUGGGCGACCCUCAUUUGAAGCCAGAACUGGGGCUGCCCAAAGGUGUGGGGCAGUCAGACCACCGUCUCCUAUUUGGCUGCCAAAAAUGUGCCAGCAGAGAGAGAGCGAGCCAGCCAGCCCAUUGCUUCUGGAUAAAGCAGGGUUUAUAAACUGGCCCUCUUGCAGAUGUUGGCCUAGGUCUCCAAUCGUCCCUGGCUACUGACCAUAGUGACAGGCGAUGAUGGGCAUUGUAGUCCAACCGCUGGAGGGCCGCAGUUCGGAACAUAGGAAGCUGCCAUUUACUGAGUCAGACCCUUGGUCCAUCUAGCUCAGUAUUGUCUGCCCAGACUGGCAGCAGCUUCUCCAAGGUUGCAGGCAGGAGUCUCUCUCAGCCCUACCUUGGAGAUGCUGCCAGGGAGGGAACUUGGAACCUCCUGCAUACAAACAGGCAGACGCUCUUCCCAGAGCGGCCAAUUUCCUGAGUCCUCACACAUGGAGUCUCUCAUUCAAAUGCAAACCAGGGUGGGACCUGCUUAGCAAAGGGGACAAUUCAUGCUUGCUACACAAGGCCAUUUGGAGACCUCUGGCUUAAAGGAACAGUGAGAUGCUAGCACCUAAGAAUUGGUGUUGAUUAGGAGCUUCCAGCCUUGGGUCCUACAAGAUUGGACUACGACUCCCAUAAUCUCUAGCACUAAUGGCCAGAAGCCAUUAUGGGAUGGGAGCCGGUCUUGUGGAAGCAAGCAGGAGUUGUCUCCUUUUCUAAGCAGGGUCUGCCUUGGUUUGCAUUUGGACAGGAGACUACAUAUGAGUGCUGUAAGAUUCCCCUUAGGGCUAGGUUUCUCAAACUUGGGUCCCCAGAUGUUGGACUACAACUCCCAUCAUCCCCAGCCACAGUGGCCAAAGGCCAAGUGAUGGGAGUUGUAGUCCAACAUCAUCAGGGGAGCUAAGUUUGAGAAAUCGUGCCAUAGAGGAGGCAGCCAGAGCUCAGUGGAAGAGCUCUUGUUUGCAUGCAGGAGGUCCCAGGUUCUCUCCCUGGCAGCAUCUCCAGGUAGGGCUGGGAGAGUCUCCUGCCUGCAGCCUUGGAGAAGCCGCUGCCAGUCAGAGUAGACCGCACAGAGCUAAAUGGACCAACAGUCUAAGGCAGCUUCCUAAACCCCAAUAGAGGAGAAACAAGAAACCCAGCUCUGGUGUGGAACUGGUGGUCAAUGUUUCUUGGGUCUUUGUCCCUUAAUAAAAUCAUAACAGUUUAGAGUUAGAAGGCAUUAUGGGGGUCUUCUAGGCAACCCCCUAUUCAGGCCCUGUGUAACUGGGGUGCCUUUCAUGGCUGACCUUUUCGUAACGCCUUCCCUCAGUCCUCGCUGUCCAAAAAGCACACGUUCUUACAGCACCGGGGUUGUGUCCGUGCGAGUUGUGGUCCUGUUCUUGCAUGCACAAGGCUGGACUUUACUGGGAUUGCAGCCGUCCUGUUUUUAAUUACUAGCGACUACCUCCCCCAUUUGCAAAAAUGGCACCAUCUUGGCCUGCAAGCGUGCCUCUCCGCCAGGACGAUCACGCAAACAGAAGGGGCAGAUGUCGUCUUUUGUGAACUUGCUGUGUUGUGUGUUAGACCCAGGCAGUGGGGGCUGCAAACCCCCCCCCCCCCACACACACACCCCCAGCCCAACUUCUGAGCUCGCUGAGGCAGGGCUGACUGACGUCUCCGGUUGCAUUUGCCCUUGGAAUAAAGCUCUAUUUUUGUCUUA